AACUCUGGAUUAGUAGAUUGGGAAUUUACAGUUGGGAAGAGAAUAAAAUUGGUCAAGGAGGAUUUGGCAAUAUAUAUAAGUGCUAUUCAAAAAAGUUGAAAAAAUAUGUUGCUUUGAAGUUACUAAAAAGUUAUAAUGAUAAAGAUACUGUUGACUAUAACAAAGAGUUUAUUCGAGAA